AAAUAAUCGAACUUCAGUCGUGAUUUGAAAUUCAAUAUGUCUUUACUCUUCGAUGAGUCUUUGAAAUCAAUUGAAUUUCUUUUUAAACAUGUUGGGAUACAUUUGGAUCGUACAAUUCUGAAUACCGCCGAGCAUGUAAUAAAAUUUAGAUCGUUGUAUAUUAUAAACUUCCUUUGGCUGAACACGGAUGCUAUCGGCGAAAUAUUAUGGAUCAUACAGGGCGCUCUUCACGGAAAAAGUCUAAUCAAAUUGACUUUUAUAGCGCCCUGUAUAAAUUUAUGCAUUCUUGCAAACAUUAAAACCCUCUCCCUGUUUCUUAAUGAUGAUAAAGUAAAGAAAUUAUUCAAACAACUACGGAACGCGGAAAAUAAUAUUAAUAAUGGCGAUGAAGUAGUUAAGAAGAAAAUCGUUGCUGAAGGAAAAAAGCAUUUAAGGGCUGUUGUAAAGGCUUUGAUUGUAAUCACCGCUGUAACAGUGAUGUUGUUUUUUGUGACCCCGAUGCUGGUCAUGGGAUUAGAAUAUAAGAAAUCGGGACAGAUUGAGCUGGUGCUACCGUUCCUGGUUGCUUAUUCGUUUAAUCCUUAUGACAUCAAAUACUGGCCGUUUGUAUACAUGCAUCAAAUUUGGGGUGCAUACUUAGUUUCGAUCCAAGUCGCUGGUACCGACUGCCUCUUCUAUACAUGCUGCACCAGCAUCUGCACGCAGUUUCGCUUGCUGCAAAACGACAUUGAAACCAUUAUUCCUAAACGUAAUUUCGACGAAAAUGUGUUUCAGGAAAAGUUUAAGAAGUUAGCUGUUCGCCAUGAGGGCAUCAUGCAGUCAGUAAUUCAAUUGGAAAGCAUCUAUACGAAAUCGACGUUAUUCAAUUUCGUGACAAGUUCAUUCUUGAUUUGCCUGACGGGAUUUAACGCCACGGCUCUAGGAGACAUAGGGUUCAUGUUGACCUUCCUCUCAUUUUUGCUGAUGAGUCUGAUGCAGAUUUUCCUGCUCUGUUUUUACGGAGACAUGAUUAUGACAUCGAGCAUGGAAGUAAGCAACGCCGUGUAUAAUUCCAAAUGGUAUACAGUGAAUCCAAAAGUAGCAAAGCAUCUGUACGUGGUUCAAAUGAGGGCACAGAAACCCUCCAAGUUGACGGCGUACGGUUACGCCGACGUCAAUCUGACAUCUUUCACAAAGAUAUUGAGCUCGGCUUGGUCAUACUUCGCUCUUCUGAAAACUAUGGAGAGGCCGACACGAGUGUAGUUCUUCACUCACGUUGUAGUUCUAAAGCACAGAUUUUCAUUGGACUUGUUUA